GCUCACUGCAGCCUCAACCUGCCAGGCUCAUGUGAUCCUAUCACCUCGGCCUCCAGAGUAGCUGGGACUACAGGUACAGGCCACCACACCUGGCUAAUUUUUGUAUUUUUAGUAGAGGUGGCGUUUCACCAUGUUGGCCAGGCUGGUCUCAAACUCCUGACCUCAGGUGAUCAGCCUGCCUCGGCCUCCCAAAGUGCUGGGAUUACAGGCGUGAGCCACCAUGCCCGGCCAGUCCUCUCUAUCUUAACCUUCACAAAGAAACUUUGAAAUGAUAUUCAGUUUUUGUUACUGCUUUCCUCAGGCCUUUUCUGUCUUUAACACCAACCUCUUCUGCUCAGCCCAUUGAACACUCAUUCUGGGCCCAGGGGCCUAGGCUCAUGCCUGUAAUCCCAGCACUUUGGGAGGCCGGGGUGGGCAGAUUGCUUGAGUCCAGGAGUUCGAGACCAGCCAGGGCGACAUGGCAAAACCUUGUCUCUACAAAAAACCCCCCAAAACUAGCUGGGUGUGGUGGCACACACCUAUCAUCCCAGCUACUAGGGAGGUGGAGGCAGAAGGAUCACUUGAGCCAGGGAGUUGGAGGCUGGAGUGCGCCGAGAUUGCACCACUGUGCUCCAGCCUGGGCAAGAGAGUGAGACUCUACCUCAAAAAAAAAAAAAAGAAGAUACACUCAUUCUGUUUCACAGAAUGGUUUAUAGAAUGGUGUGUUGCCUGAUUCUGUAAUCAUAAAUGUCAGUUAAGAGCUUUAAAGUAAAUGUUAUUCUGUUUUUCAGUAAUAGCAAUUACCACCAUCUAAUGUACUACUGUAAAUAAUUAUUGUUUAUUCCCUCCUCCACCUCCUCAACACAGGUACUUUGUGUUUUUUUGUUUUGUGUUUUUUUUUUGAGGCGGAGUUUCACUCUUGUUGCCCGAGCUGGAGUGCAAUGGCACAAUCUCAGCUCACUGCAACCUUCGCUUCCCGGGCUCAAGUGAUUCUCCUGCCUCAGCCUCCCAAGUUGCUGGGAUUGCAGGCAUGUGCCACCAUGUCUGGCUAAUUUUGUAUUUUUAGUAGAGACGGGGUUUCUCCAUGUUGGUCAGGCUGGUCUUGAACUCCCGACCUCAGGUGAUCUGCCUGCCUCGGCUUCCCAAAGUGCUAGGAUUACAGGCGUGAGCCACUGCGCCUGGCCUUACUUUUGUUUUAUACUCUGUUGUACCCUCAGCAUAGCACACCUUAGGCACUUAGGAAGAAUCUGAGAAACGAAUCAGUUAAUCCCUACUUUACCAAUAAUGAAUAAAGACUGAGAAACUCGGCGGGGCGCCGUGGCUCACACCUAUAAUCCUAGCACGCUGGGAGGCCAAGGUGGGUGGAUCACUUGAGGUCAGAAUUCAAAACCAGCCUGGCCAACAUGGUGAAAACCUGUCUCGACUAAAAAUACAAAAAAAAAUAUGAGCUGGGCAUGGUGGCGGGCGCCUGUAAUUCCAGCUACUCGGGAGGCUGAGGUGGGAGAAUCGCUUGAACCUAGGAGGCGGAGGUUGCAGGGAGCCGAGAUCGCACGACUGAACUCCAGUGUGGGCGACAGAGUGAGACUCUCAAAAAAAAAAAAAAAAAAGACUGAAAAAUUAGGCAACCUGUCCAAGAACACUACAGUGACAAUUAGCAAAGCUGGGAUUUCAACCCAGGACUAUCUCACAGCCACAGCAUAGUAUUUUCUUUUUGUUCUUGUUGUGACUGCACGUUACGCCAUACAUGGCAUCCAGGACGCAUAGCAAUUAGUAUUUAACAUUCCUUACAUGGGAAUCACGUAAACAAUCAGGUAAACACGAUUCAAUUUGUGACUCAACCAUUAAUACUUUGUGACACUGGCUAAUUUAUUUAACUUCUGGAUGUCGGUUAUGUUUUUUUUGAGACAGGAUCUCGCUCUGCUGUCACCCGGGCUGGAGUUCAGUGGAGGGAUCUCUGCACCCUCAACUUUCUGGGCUAUCAAGCGAUCCUCCCACCUCAGCCUCCCCGGUAGUUGGGACCACAGGUGCCCGCCAUCAUGCUCGGCUGAUUUGUAAAAUUUCUUUUGCAGAGACGGUGAUCUUGCUCUGUGGCCCAGGCUGGUCUCGAACUCCUGGACUCAAGCGAUCCUCCUGCCUGGGCCUCCUAAAGAUUCAGCUGCUUUUGGAUCAACCGAUCGCCUUAAGACCUUUUAACUCGAACACCUGUCACAUCCUAGGAUCCGCGAAGGGCUGAAAGUCAGAGUUUUUGAAGCGUCCCUCGGCGCAGUGGCUCCGCUCCACCUCCCAUUCGCGCUACCACUGCGGCCGCAGCCCCAGGAGUCGCCGCGGGGCCAGCGUCGCCCUCCAGGUGCUGCGCGUCGGAAGCCGGAAGCAGGGACUGAGCCACAGACGAGGAAACGCCGGUUUCUCCGGGGCUCCCCAGCGCCCCAUCUUUAGCCUGGAGGCCGCCCUCUUCCAUUUGCUCUUGGGCGUCAGGGCGGUACCCCACUCCGCUAGACACUUUGGAUCCGCUAGCACUUCCUCCUGUCCAGCGUCAAAGGCCCCGGAAGUGACGUUUACGCGCCGUGCGUAACGUGCGUUCGCUGGCGGUGCCGGGGGCGGGGCGACCAGGAGGGUGGGUGUGAGGCGGGAGCUGGCCGCGGAGCCCAGACCUACCCGAGCGAAGUGGGCGAGCGGCGGUUUGGACGCCGGCGGAGACGCGGGCGAGAAAACUGUGGAUUCAGUUACCCCACUCUGCCAUGUCUUUCCACCACUGCCGGCAUAUUUGAGGCCAAGGAUGGAGAUUGGGAAAAAUUGAUAGUUCUCCUGCUUCAGGGUUUGGCUCCUGCACUCUUAUUUCAGCCAUAGCUGCAGACAAAGCACACGAUUGCUGGGCACUGUGGCUCAAGAGAAGGGGGAGAUGCAGGAAGAAGAUGAGCCUUAAGUCUGAACGCCGAGGAAUUCAUGUGGAUCAAUCGGAUCUCCUGUGCAAGAAAGGAUGUGGUUACUACGGCAACCCUGCCUGGCAGGGUUUCUGCUCCAAGUGCUGGAGGGAAGAGUACCACAAAGCCAGGCAGAAGCAGAUUCAGGAGGACUGGGAGCUGGCGGAGCGACUCCAGCGGGAGGAAGAAGAGGCCUUUGCCAGCAGUCAGAGCAGCCAAGGGGCCCAAUCCCUCACAUUCUCCAAGUUUGAAGAAAAGAAAACCAACGAGAAGACCCGCAAAGUUACCACAGUGAAGAAAUUCUUCAGUGCGUCUUCCAGGGUCGGAUCAAAGAAGGCAGAAAUUCAGGAAGCAAAAGCUCCCAGUCCUUCCAUAAACCGGCAAACCAGCAUUGAAACGGAUAGAGUGUCUAAGGAGUUCAUAGAAUUUCUCAAGACCUUCCACAAGACAGGCCAAGAAAUCUAUAAACAGACCAAGCUGUUUUUGGAAGGAAUGCAUUACAAAAGGGAUCUAAGCAUUGAAGAACAGUCAGAGUGUGCUCAGGAUUUCUACCACAAUGUGGCCGAAAGGAUGCAAACUCGUGGGAAAGUGCCUCCAGAAAGAGUCGAGAAGAUAAUGGAUCAGAUUGAAAAGUACAUCAUGACUCGUCUCUAUAAAUAUGUGUUCUGUCCAGAAACUACUGAUGAUGAGAAGAAAGAUCUUGCCAUUCAAAAGAGAAUCAGAGCCCUGCGCUGGGUUACGCCUCAGAUGCUGUGUGUCCCUGUUAAUGAAGACAUCCCAGAAGUGUCUGAUAUGGUGGUGAAGGCGAUCACAGAUAUCAUUGAAAUGGAUUCCAAGCGUGUGCCUCGAGACAAGCUGGCCUGUAUCACCAAGUGCAGCAAGCACAUCUUCAAUGCCAUCAAGAUCACCAAGAAUGAGCCGGCGUCAGCGGAUGACUUCCUCCCGACUCUCAUCUACAUUGUUUUGAAGGGCAACCCCCCACGCCUUCAGUCUAAUAUCCAGUAUAUCACGCGCUUCUGCAAUCCAAGCCGACUGAUGACUGGAGAGGAUGGCUACUAUUUCACCAAUCUGUGCUGUGCUGUGGCUUUCAUUGAGAAGCUAGACGCCCAGUCUUUGAAUUUAAGUCAGGAGGAUUUUGAUCGCUACAUGUCUGGCCAGACCUCUCCCAGGAAGCAAGAAGCUGAGAGUUGGUCUCCUGAUGCUUGCUUAGGUGUCAAGCAAAUGUAUAAGAACUUGGAUCUCCUGUCUCAGUUGAAUGAACGACAAGAAAGGAUCAUGAAUGAAGCCAAGAAACUGGAAAAAGACCUCAUAGAUUGGACAGAUGGAAUUGCAAGAGAAGUUCAAGACAUUGUUGAGAAAUACCCACUGGAAAUUAAGCCUCCGAAUCAACCGUUAGCAGCUAUUGACUCUGAAAACAUUGAAAAUGAUAAACUUCCUCCACCACUGCAACCUCAAGUUUAUGCAGGAUGAUCACAAUUUAGUGGAGAGUAUUUAUUUGAGCCUAAAUUGUAGGUAGCCUUUACUACACUCAACUGAUUGGGAUCUAGAAUGUAACUAAAUUGCUUAUAAAUGUCAGAGCAUUUUUAAAGGUACAGUAUAUGGGGAUUGUCUGUUUUUCCUAGCAGGGGAACCUUAGUUAAUAAUAAAAUACUAUUUAUUUGAGUUACUGAUAACAGAUUCAUUUAAGGCUUGUGUGCAAAUUUUGUCUCAAUCUUUUUUCCCUCCAUGAUUUUCCUAUGUGCUUCCUCUGGCAUUCACUGUGGUUUUGGUAAAUAAUUGCCUUUUAAAGGAUAAAACAAAUGAAUGCUACAAAGUGUAUGUUCAAGGAAAUUAAAUGGUACCACUCUUCAACAGUUUGGAAUAAUUUUAUAAUUGUAAAGAUAGAAAUUAUAUUGAUAAGUAAAUAUGUAAAAUUGUAAAUAUGUAAAAAAAAAAAAAAAGAAUGGUGUCUGCUGUGCAUGGCAUUUUAUAUGUUAAGUUUUUAGUUUAAAAUGAAGUAUAUUGAAUGUUUGCCUUUAGCACCAUUUUAUUUGGUUUGUCCCACUAAAAUGACUCGAGAAGUGUUUAGACAAACUCCCCUUAAGAUGUGCACUCCAUCUUUAAGAAGGUGUUAGCCUUAACUUUGAGGUUCUAUAUAGUCAGAGACUAUGACACCACUAAGGUUCAGAAUAAAUUUUAGGCCACAUAAAAUUGCUGUUUAAUGUAGUUGAUGGAAGACUUUAAACCAUGCUUCUAGCUUAUUUUUCCCUCAUUCAUUCAGCAAAUCUCUAUUGAGUUCUUCAGUGAGAAGGAGCAGGCACUGGGCCUGGAAUGGAAGGCGGGAAUGAACGGGCCUCUGAUGGUGAGAGGUGACGGGGUCCCUUAGCUGUCAGAUGCAGGGGGCGCCUUGCAGCCUCCAUAAUAUACAUUUGACUUUACAACCAUCCAGACAUGUUUUCUGAACCUCUUUCAGGACAUUUCAACCUCGGGACUGUUCACAUUAGUGGCCUGAGAGGUGUUUGUUGUGGGGCCACCCUGUGCAUGGUAGAAGGUUCAGCAGCAUUCCUGCCAUCCAUAUCCAUUAGGCGCCAGUAGCACCCCCCAGAGCUGUGAAAAAUUCUCUCCAGACAUAGUCAGAUGUCUCCUGGGGCCCUAUCACCCCUCCGUUAAGAACCACUAAUCUCUUUUACAAACCAGGAGUUAUCCUCUUGGUGGUUAAUAUGGUGUAACCAAAGAAUCUUGCACUCAAUGCACAGUGUGAUGUUAACUAAAUGAGUAAAAUAUUUAGCAGGCUUGACAGCUACCUGCAUUGUAGAACCUUUUCUUAUCUCAGUGGAAUCUUCUAUAACCUAAAUAUACCAUUGAUGAUUCUUCUUCUAUUCAGUGACUUCCACAGAUUAUGCAGCUAUACUUGUGAAAUCGUGCAUGAGGCCCCAGGGCACCGUUCUAGAACAACGUCACUUCACACAGGCAGCUGAGAAAGGUUCUCUUGCUUUUCCAGUAUCUUCCUAAGGAUGGAGCUCAAAAUUGCAGAGCAGUAAUUUUGGAAUAAAACCAGGGUGGGUAUAAAACUUCUUAUUCUUAAAUUUACAUAUAAGAUCUAUCAAGCUUGACACAUCUGUGUCAUCACGCACUGAAGACAGGAAGCAGUUCACUGAGUCAGCUGGUUCCCAAGCUCGCACAGAAGGUGAUGAGUUACUAUCAAAUGCCAGUGAGAAUCUUCUUAUAGAAUAACCUGGGCCCAAGUGAUUUUAGUAGAGAACUUGCCCUUCUUUGGUUUAAUUUUCUAUGUGCUUUUAGGUGUGAAUCCAGAUAUGCAGUCUUAAUUCCUUUGGAAAUACACAGUUCUUUUAGUUACUGUACACUCUGUUUGUUCAAUAAACUGCGUAUCAACUUCCCACAAAAGCUGACUUUUUUGGGUCUCUUACAUAUAAAGUAGGUCAUUGAAUUGAUUUUUUUGGAGGUAUCUCAUAUUGGUCGAAUUAUUCUUCUGGUGUGGACUCUUGCCUUAUAUAGAGGCUUCUAUUUCUCUUAAGUCAGCAUCAAUACAACGGCUGGAGUUUCUGUUUUUGCAAUAAGAAGGUGUUGGUAUUUUAUGUAAGGUAAAUGUGACUGGAAUACACCUUUGGAACAGAAUUCUUUAUCAAUAAAGUUUCACAAUCCA